AUAAAGAACGUCAAUAGGUCCCAUUCACCAUGAAAAAUUUAGACAUUUACAAAAAAAAAAGAGCCCCAGACUGUUCAAUAAUCUCUCCUUCUGCCCGCCGCUUUCUCCUAUUUCCAUGUCGCUCCUUUACUGACACCAAAUGAUAGGGUCCCGACAUCCUUAUGGUGCCAAGUUUUUUGGGGUCAUAACGUGACAUCAAGCAAUUGCCUUGUUUUGAAACCAGCGUAUGGAAUUCUCGAUUGUUGUCAUUGCCACUGCCAAAACGAGAUACGUAGCCUUGGGUCACGUAAGGGACUGGUUAAAGCUUAACAGUCUGGAAAUUCGGAUUUUCUCUCUCAGGUUUAUUUUUGGCUGACUGUUACCUCACACAUCCCAUAUUCAGCACUAACCAGCCCCACCUCGCCUCGCCUCAACUCGCUCCACCGCUCCCUCUGCCCUUUUAUUCCACAUAAUGACCUACCCACCCCCAUCCGAUGCUGAAUCUCAACAGUGGUUUUCUCGAUAUGAUCGCGGUCAGAAAGGUCAUUUGACCUUGGAUGAGAUGCACAAUCUUUUGAACGAUCGUGGCAGCUCACUUUGGGCUCCAUUUGAUCAGGACACAGCGUUUAAACUCGCACGGUCCUUCGCACCCCCAGGUACCCAAGGUCCUCCUACACUCACACCACCGGCAUUGAAUGCAUUGUGGCAAUAUCUUAGUCAGUGGCAUUCGAUCUUUCUCAGUUUUGAUGCCGAUCGCAGUGGACGGAUCUCCCACUCUGAGCUUCAGAACGCUCUUGCUGCUUUUGGGAUUCGGUUGCCACCAAGAUUGAUACACCUCAUGAUUCAUAAACAAAACUUGAUGCAAGGUAAAAUACAGAAAGGUCGUCGAUUACCGGAUGAUAUAGACUUUCCAUCCUUCAUCGAUCUAUGCAUCACUUGCAAGCAGGCGACUGAUACCUUUGGACGCCUCGACACAAGCCAAUCUGGCUCUAUUCAAUUGUAUUGGGAAAAUUAUAUGGACAUCAUCGUGAGCGGAAGGUAAUUUUGAAAACCAAGCGCAUUGUCUUCUCAGAAAUGUAUGCGGAUGUAAAUAAAGAAACCCACUUUUGAAAAAACCCUAGUAAGAAAAGCUAGUGAAGAUAGCAAAUAUGUUGUAUACAUUAUGCG